GAAAUGGGCAAAUAGGGUUUCGUGUCAGCGAGAGUGACAGGUGACGCUGGCUUUCUGAAGAGAGCACAGGAUCAAUAAUCGCACGUGGCCUGUUCCCAACUUACCAAUCAUAUCCCCGUUUUGACUCGUUGUUUUGCCUUCUUUUAAUCUACUAUCGGUCUAUCGUUUCGCCAUCAGUUUCUCAUUACUGGGAUUAACUCCGAACAAACGCUGUCUCUCAUUCGUUGUUUCGUACUCAGGGAAGACUUUGAUAUCUGAAACGUGGCAAUGAAGAAGUAGACUUUAGAUUCGUAUCCAACUGUGAAUAUUCUCAUCUUCAUUUUCUUCUUAGACUUCGGGUGUCAUCUUCUUCUUCUAAGACACUGGAUUGGAAUUAGAGAUGGUUGCGAGGUGGGAUUGUGCCAGUUUUGCCUUGGUGAUUGUGGUGGGCUUGAUUUUUAGUGUAGCUGAGGUUUGUAAUGGUGGAAGAACCAGCAGUUUCGUCAGGAAUGAUCAGUUGUCUCAUGAUAUGCCACUGGACAGUGAUGUGUUCCGAAUUCCUCCAGGUUACAAUGCUCCGCAACAGGUUCAUAUAACACAAGGGGACUAUCUGGGGAAGGGUGUGAUCGUCUCCUGGGUUACACCAGAUGAACCUGGUUCAAAUUUAGUCCUUUACUGGGGUGAAAACAGUGAACUCAAACGCCAAGCAGAAGGCAUUGUUCUUACUUACAAAUACUUUAAUUACACUUCUGGUUACAUCCACCAUUGCACCAUAACGAAUUUGGAGUCUGAUACCAAGUAUUACUAUGAAGUCGGGAUUGGGAACACGUCAAGAGAAUUCUGGUUUAGAACUCCCCCUCAAGUUGGCCCUGAUGUACCAUACACUUUUGGCCUCAUAGGGGACCUUGGGCAAACUCAUGAUUCAAAUAGAACACUUACCCAUUAUGAGUUAAACCCAGAAAAAGGACAGACACUGUUGUUUGUGGGAGACCUCUCCUAUGCAGAUGCCUAUCCACUUCAUGACAACUCGAGAUGGGAUACCUGGGGAAGGUUUAUAGAGAGAAAUGCUGCAUAUCAACCUUGGAUAUGGACUGCAGGAAAUCACGAAAUUGAUUUUCUUCCUGAAAUUGGGGAAGAUAUACCUUUCAAGCCCUAUUUACACCGUUAUCAUGUACCCUAUAAAGCAUCAGGGAGUACAUCUCCUCUCUGGUACUCCAUCAAGAGAGCUUCAGCACAUAUCAUUGUCAUGUCUUCUUACGCAGCUUAUGCUAUUUAUACACCUCAGUACAAAUGGCUCCAAAAGGAGUUUCAAAAAGUGAACAGGACAGAGACGUCAUGGCUCAUUGUUCUUAUGCAUUGUCCUUUUUACAGCAGUUAUGUACAUCAUUACAUGGAAGGGGAAUCCAUGAGAGUAAUUUAUGAGCCAUGGUUCGUGCAGCACAAGGUUGAUGUUGUAUUUGCUGGACAUGUUCAUGCCUAUGAAAGAUCUGAUCGCAUAUCAAAUAUCGCAUAUAAUGUUGUUAAUGGAUUGUGCACUCCCAUAAGUGAUCUAUCUGCUCCAGUUUACAUAACCAUCGGAGAUGGAGGAAAUCUGGAAGGAUUGGUGACAGAGAUGACGGAGCCGCAGCCAAGUUACUCAGCUUUUCGAGAAGCCAGUUUUGGUCAUGGAAUAUUUGAUAUAAAGAACAGAACUCAUGCUUACUUCAGCUGGCAUAGGAACCAAGACGGUUAUGCUGUGGAAGCUGAUUCCCUUUGGUUUCAUAACAGAUAUUGGAGCGUUUCAGAGGACUACAUGUAGCCAAACUAUGAUUAGAACUACAUUGAUAGACAUGGAAAAUGCAACUAUUCAAGAUUUACCCUGCGUUGCUUUAGCUUGUUAUCCAAAUUAUAGCAUUCAAGGUAUUUUGAAAGUUUUCACUGCCAAUAAACGUAAAAUGCUGGGAAUAAAUGGCUGAAAAUCGAAGAAAACCUGGCAGGUUGUGAGAUCGGGAAAAUACCCCAGGAAUUCUAUUCCAUUGAAUUGAUUGUAAUAAAUCUGCAUACAGCUAAACAUUGUAGAAUCCCUAUACUACAUAACUUCGUUUUGUGGGUGAAUUAUAGUCCCACCAUCUUAAUAUUGAAAA